AUGCAAAUCUUUGUUAAAACUUUAACCGGUAAGACCAUCACUUUGGAAGUCGAAUCUUCCGACACCAUUGACAACGUCAAGUCUAAAAUCCAAGACAAGGAAGGUAUUCCACCAGACCAGCAAAGAUUAAUCUUUGCCGGUAAGCAAUUGGAGGACGGAAGAACCUUGGCUGACUACAACAUCCAAAAGGAAUCCACUCUUCACUUGGUUUUGAGAUUAAGAGGUGGUAUGCAAAUCUUCGUCAAAACUUUAACUGGUAAGACCAUCACUUUGGAAGUCGAAUCUUCCGACACCAUUGACAACGUCAAGUCUAAAAUCCAAGACAAGGAAGGUAUUCCACCAGACCAGCAAAGAUUAAUCUUUGCCGGUAAGCAAUUGGAGGACGGAAGAACCUUGGCUGACUACAACAUCCAAAAGGAAUCCACUCUUCACUUGGUUUUGAGAUUAAGAGGUGGUAUGCAAAUCUUCGUCAAAACUUUAACUGGUAAGACCAUCACUUUGGAAGUCGAAUCUUCCGACACCAUUGACAACGUCAAGUCUAAAAUCCAAGACAAGGAAGGUAUUCCACCAGACCAGCAAAGAUUAAUCUUUGCCGGUAAGCAAUUGGAGGACGGAAGAACCUUGGCUGACUACAACAUCCAAAAGGAAUCCACUCUUCACUUGGUUUUGAGAUUGAGAGGUGGUAACUAA